GCAUCCGGCCGCCCCGCCCGCUGCACCUGCUCGGCCCCCUCCCCGCCUGCUGGGGACUCCGGAGACGCCGCCACUUCGCAAACUUUUCCACCCCCCCCCCCGAGGGGGGGGCGAAGAGGGCUGAAGGGGAAGGAGGUCCCGCGAGGCGCGCGCGCAGACCUGCGGGCUCCUAGCCGGGCGCCGCCGCCCGGGAGCCGGACCCGGAGGGGCGCGGGCUCCGGCGGCCGCCCUCCAGCCGCGCUCCGGCUCCCGCCCCUGCUUUUCCGGCGGGAGCGGGGGGCGGGGCGCGGAGGGCAGCGCGGCCCGCGCGGUGCCCAGCGGGGCCGCCGUGCAUGGCCCUGCGCAGUGGGGCGGGCUGCUUCGGCCGGGUCUGGCGCAGGGUGUCGGGGCUCCCGGACGCCUGGCCCCGGCGCUCGAGCAGCCUCCUGUGCCUGUCCGCCUUCUCGCCCGAGCCCGGGCCCGCGCCGCCCCUGCCCCGCCAGCCGCCUCGCGGUGGCGGCGGCUGUGGCGGCCCCGGCGGAGGGGGGCCCCCCCAGCCUCCCCGCCCCCCGCCUCCCCGCCGCCGCUGCUGCUGCUCCUGCUCCUGCUGCUGCUGCCGCCGCCGCUUACAACUUGGAGGCGGCGGCGGCGGCGGAGGAGGCGGCGGCGGCGGCCGCCGGGCGCUGCAGUGGGACGCGCGCGGCUGCGAGCCUGCGGGACAUGCCCCCCGCGCCGGCUCCUUGCUGGCGGCCAUGAAGAGGCAGAACGUGCGGACUCUGUCCCUCAUCGUCUGCACCUUCACCUACCUGCUGGUGGGCGCCGCCGUCUUCGACGCCCUCGAGUCGGACCACGAGAUGCGCGAGGAGGAGAAACUCAAAGCCGAGGAGAUCCGGAUCAAGGGGAAGUACAACAUCAGCGCCGAGGACUACCGGCAGCUGGAGCUGGUGAUCCUGCAGUCGGAGCCGCACCGCGCCGGCGUCCAGUGGAAAUUCGCCGGCUCCUUCUACUUUGCCAUCACGGUCAUCACCACCAUAGGUUAUGGGCACGCGGCCCCGGGCACCGACGCGGGCAAGGCCUUCUGCAUGUUCUACGCGGUGCUGGGCAUCCCGCUGACACUGGUCAUGUUCCAGAGCCUGGGCGAGCGGAUGAACACCUUUGUGCGCUACCUGCUGAAGCGUAUCAAGAGGUGCUGCGGGAUGCGCAACACGGAGGUGUCCAUGGAGAACAUGGUGACCGUGGGCUUCUUCUCCUGCAUGGGGACGCUGUGCAUCGGCGCGGCCGCGUUCUCCCAGUGCGAGGAGUGGAGUUUUUUCCACGCCUAUUACUACUGUUUCAUCACGUUGACUACCAUCGGGUUCGGGGACUACGUGGCCCUGCAGACCAAGGGCGCCCUGCAGAAGAAGCCGCUCUACGUGGCCUUCAGCUUCAUGUACAUCCUGGUGGGGCUGACGGUCAUCGGCGCCUUCCUCAACCUGGUGGUCCUCAGGUUCUUGACCAUGAACAGCGAGGACGAGCGACGGGACGCCGAGGAGAGGGCGUCCCUGGCCGGGAACCGCAACAGCAUGGUCAUCCACAUCCCCGAGGAGGCGCGGCAGGGCCGGCCCCGCUACAAGGCGGACGCGCCGGACCAGCAGUACGUGUGCUCCUGCACCUGCUACCGCCCGCAGGAGUACGGGGGCCGCCCGGCCGCCCAGCAGAACUCCUUCAGCGCCAAGCUCGCCCCCCACUACUUCCACUCCAUCUCGUACAAGAUCGAGGAGAUCUCACCGAGCACGUUGAAAAACAGCCUCUUCCCCUCGCCCAUCAGCUCCACCUCCCCCGGGUUACACAGCUUUACCGACAACCACAGGCUGAUGCGACGGCGGAAGUCCGUUUAGGGUGCGGGGCGUGCCGGGCAGGCGGGAAAAGUCGCUUGUCCUCCUUGACGUCAAGUGCCACCGGCCCACCUCGUCUUUUCGUUCUCAUUUAUUCGUUCCGGGCAUCCUUGGUU